AUGCAAGAAAUUCUUGGAGAAGAUCUCCCUGAAUUCACAAAAGAUGAUCUUAAAAGCUCCAAGAAUGGAUUAGACUACAUUGGGAUUAAUCAGUACACAGGCAGAUACGCGAAAGACUGUCUUCAUUCCGCAUGUGAACCGGGCAAAGGAGGUUCUAGAGCUGAAGGUUAUGGUGAGAACAUUACCGGAGCAUUGUUAAACGAUCACCACCGGAGAAUAAAGUUCAUGAGUAGCUACUUAGAUGCACUAAAAAGAGCAAUGAGGAAAGGAGCAGAUGUAAGAGGAUAUUUCACAUGGUCUUUACUAGACAACUUCGAGUGGGUAUACGGUUAUACCUCAAGAUUCGGUCUCUACCAUGUCGAUUUCGAUACUCUAGAGAGAACCCGAGACUCUCGGCUUCUUGGUACAAGAACUUCAUUUUCAAGAACAGAGCUCAAUCCAAAGAUGCUGAUGCCUGAAACAAAAACGAAGAAGACCCAUAUUGUCUUUUAG